CUUAGCUGACAGCACCCAGACCUGGGGCUGGGACCCUGGAACUGGGGCUGACCUGGGGAUAGGCUGCGCCACUCUGCCCCGACCUUGGGAUUGGCACCAGCUUCCGACCGGUACCUGGCAAAGCCUGGAGAUCCCCUGAAGCCAGGUCCGUUGGUGAAGGGGUGAAGGCGGUAUACUGCAGAGGUGCAUCUCCUGCUGCGGAUCUUGGAGACGGACCAGAGUGCUCAGGCUAGGUGUGUCCAGGGCGGCAGGAAGCCUCAGCCCCCUACCCUCAGGCCUGUGUUCGCCCUCACUCUCCAGGUCCUUGCAGUGGCCACGGACACUACAUCUGGGGCAGUACCUCCUCACUAGGGGUCAUGUUCAUCGUUCCAUUGACUAUCAUCAUACUGUCAGUGGCGCUGGCUGUGGGGCUUCCUGGCAACAGCUUUGUGGUGUGGAGCAUCCUGGUGAGGAUGCGGAAGCGCUCCGUCACGGCCUUGCUGGUGCUGAACCUGGCCCUGGCGGACUUGGCUGUCUUGCUCACUGCCCCCUUUUUCCUGUACUCUGUGGCGCGUCGCACCUGGACAUUUGGGCUGGUUGGCUGCCGCCUGUUUCACUAUACCUGCGGAGUCAGCAUGUACGCCAGCGUCCUGCUGAUCAUGGCCAUGAGUGUGGACCGCUCGCUGGCCGUGGCCCUCCCCUUUGUGUCCCAGAAGUUUCGCACCAAGGUCGUUGCCUGGUGGGUGCUAGCAAGCAUCUGGGUGAUGUCCCUUCUGCUGGCCACACCCGUCAUCAUAUACCGCACCCUGACGAAACAGAACAACCAUACCCUGUGCUUCCCGACGUACUCCAGCGAACGAGUCAAGGCAUUCCAUCUGCUCUUCGAGGCCUUUACCGGCUUCCUGCUGCCCUUCCUGCUGGUGGUGGCCAGCUAUUCGGACAUCAGGCGCAGGCUGCAGGCGCGGCGCUUCCGCCGCAGCCGCCGCACCGGUCGCCUGGUGGCGCUCAUCAUCCUGGCCUUCGCCGCCUUCUGGCUGCCCUACCACGUGGUGAACCUGGCCGAGGCGGGCCGGGCCCUGGCGGGCAGGGAGCCGGGGCCGGGGCCGGGCCGCAUGGGAGACCCGCUGCUGCUGGCGCGCCACGUGUUCAUCGCGCUGGCCUUCCUGAGCAGCAGCGUGAACCCCGUGCUGUACGCGUGCGCCGGCGGCGGCCUGCUGCGCUCGGCCGGCGUGGGCUUCGUCGCCAAGCUGUUGGAGGGCACCGGUUCCGAGGCGUCGAGCGCGCGCCGCGGGGACACCCUGGGCCCGAUGGUGAGGGGCGCCCCCGCCUCUCCCGAGCCCGGCCCCUCCGAGAGCCUCGCGGACUCCAUCGACGCUCUGCAGUGAAGCGAACUGAACUAGGCCUGGGGGGUGCUGGUGGAAGGGCUCUGGCUGUCCUCGCGGCGGCGGAAUGCUCCCCACGUUGGCCUGACCCAGUUUACCCCGAGGCGGAGGCGGAGGAGAACGCGAGGAGGGUGGAGCGGAAGAGGAGGGAGGGGCGGGGCAGGUAAGGGCAGAGGGAAAGCCCGGAGCAGCUUGGCAAUUAAAACU